CGGUUUACAAAAAGAGAAAACAGUAAAAUGGAGGGGGGGGGAAUGCAACCCUACUUUCAAAGUUUAAAUACUAGAACUAGAAUUCCUGACACCUGCAAAAUUUUUGAGCUUUUUCCAUCGUAUUGCCAUGCACCCGAGUUUUCCCUGACAUUUUGCCCCCUGGUGCCAUUUUUUUAUACCCAAAGUCAAGGACAUGCUAGGAAUUUUCCUGACGUAUGGCAAGCUUAUUUCUAAGCACCUGGGUAGGCUUCUCUAAACAGGAAUGUUCUUUUCAGCAGGCGACAAAAAAAGUGUUAUGAAGAUGCCUGCUUGAUCUCCGUAGGCAAGGAGUUCCAAAGUGCAGGAGAUGGCCGUCUAAUCGGAGAACAAGGUGACGAAAGCGGGUACCACAAUGGCUUUGCAGCUGAUACACCAUUGCUUCCCUGCAGGACUUUUCACUGUUAGAGGUUCUUUCUAUCCUUGGCUGUGUUCUACUUCCAGAUUGAGGUCCAUUUCAAAGAAACAUUUGGCAGGGCCUAGAAAUGCACAUCAUCUCAGGUUUCUGGCCUUGAGACCUUUUAGUUCAUCCCCAGUGGUCUACAAGUUACAUAGGAGAGAUCCGAAAGAGACACACUCGGCCACCACCUCUGAAGCAGCCAGCAAUGAAGAAGAGAAAUUUGAUGACGACGAAGGCUUUGGGUUGUUGUCUCAAAAAUUUUCUUCUAGACAAUUUUUUCACAAAGCUUCUGAAGAAUUUCACGAUUUGCAACUCAAAAGCCAAGUGGAAGAAGAGGAAGAAUUGGAACCAAAACCCAGACAAGGUCCCAGGAACACUCCGUAUUGGUAUUUCUUGAAGUGCAAGGCAUUGAUAAAAGAAGGCAAGCUGGCAGAGGCUUUGAACCUGUUUGAGGUACAGAUGCUGAAGGAGGAACGUGUUCGGCCAGAAGAGAGCAACUACACUGUCCUGAUCGGUGGUUGUGGCAGAGCUGGCUAUGUGAAGAAGGCAUUCAAGCUCUAUAAUGAUAUGAAGAAGCGAGCCUUGACUCCGACUGACGCCACAUACACAGCCCUGUUUAACGCCUGUGCAGAGUCACCCUGGAAGGACUCGGGCCUGCAACAUGCGCUUAAGCUACGGCAGCAACUACUGAACAAAAACAUUGAGCUCAACAUAGUCACGUACCAUUCUCUGUUGAAAGUGUGCUCCCGCUGUGCAGAUCUCCGGGUGUGCUUUGACAUAUUGAAGGAAAUCGUCCACAAAGGCCAUACGGUCACCACAGAGACUUUCAACUUCCUGCUUAUGGGGUGCAUAAAAGACAAAGAGAAUGGGUUUCGCUAUGCCUUGCAGGUUUGGCAGCAGAUGCUUAAACUGAACUUAAAACCCGACAGUUACAGCUACAACUUGAUGCUCGGUGCUGCCAGAGACUGCGGCCUUGGUGACCCCCGUAUAGCUUCCAAUUUGUUGCUAGGAACUUUCAAGGAAAGCCCAGCUAUCCUGAGACUGGAAGCUGGUAAGCAACACCGGAAGGCGAAGGGUCGGCGAGGAAAGGAAAUAGAUGCUGGAGCUGCAAUGCAGUUUGAUGUGGAGAUGUUGGAAAAAUGUGUGUUCCCGGAGGAGGACAGAAAACCUGAGCAGGAAGUCUAUAGCCAAAAAAGCAAAAGCAAAAAUGACAAUUGUGCAAAGGCAGAGACUGGUGAUAUCUCUACUUUGCCAGAUUCUGCUGCACCCAGGGAUUUGGGGAUCUCUGAUAAAAAACAGAUGGCUCCAGAUGCGGCAGAAACAAACACUCUGUGUUUUUCCAAAGCUUCCUUCAACUUCCCCAACUUGUUGGACUCGCAGCCGCCCAACGAAAAUGUGAUCUCCUUAGGGACGGUGGCAACCCCCUCCGACAGACUGGCACUCAUUGGGAACAUGGAGGGUUUCUUAAAGAGAAUGAAGGAAGAUGGUGCCACAUCCAGUAUCAAAACUUUCACACUGCUAGCUGAGCUGGUGCAGCCCAACGGCCAGUCAGAGUCUUCCUUGUUGACGGCGAUGGAGGAGCACAACGUGAAACCAGAUAUAACUUUUUUUAACACCUUGGUGAGGAAGAAGAGCAAAGGAGGAGAUCUGGAAGGAGCAAAGAGCCUGCUGCCCCUAGUGCUGAAGGAGGGACUUUCUCCCAAUCUACAGACGUUUUGCAACUUGGCAAUAGCCUGCCGCAAAAAAGAGGAUGGACUGCAGCUACUCUCAGACAUGAAGCGUUCUGGAAUAAAUCCCAAUGUACAGAUCUAUGGUGCGCUUGUAACUGCAGCUGUGAAGAGACUGGACUACGCCUACCUCACAGAGAUCCUCGCAGAUAUGAGUAGAAACCGUGUUCCUCCCAAUGAAGUUGUCCUACGCCAGCUGGAGUUUGCAGCCCAGUAUCCUCCUAACUUUGAUAGGUACAAAACAAAGGACUAUUACCUGGAGAAAAUUAAUGGCUUUCGAGCCUACUACUUCCGCUGGCUGAAGUGGAUGGAGGCAGAAGAAACACCACACCCUUGGGCAAAAUACAGAACUCCUAAGCAGCCAGAAAACAAACAUAAUACAGAAGAUGCUCAAAACUACAGCAGCCAGAGGAGGGUGGUAGAAAAAUAAAACCAAUGUUAAUACUC